CUCCUCCCCCUCCCCCUCCCCCCUUCUCCAUCUCUGACCUUCUCCAAAUUUCUUCGUUUCUCCACAUCCUCCUGAGAGAGUAAGUGCUCACUAAGAUUACACACGCUCGGACGCGUCUUCUGUCACUGCGCUGCUCUUUUAUGAAUCCAAAACUUGAACUUUCUGGGAGGAAACAAGCAGAAGAAGAAGCUCAUCGUCUCACUCUAUAAAAAAAAAGGUAAGAUGAUGGGUGCUGGGAGAAAAAUUAUUGCUAUAUGUAUGUCUGGUGGUGGAUUUGUGACUAGUGAAGAUGGUACAUUGUUAUACUCUGGUGGUGAAGCACAUGCAAUUGAUAUCGAUCAAAAUACUGCGUUUGAUGACUUUAGAGCGGAGAUUUCCGAAAUGUGGAAUUGUAAUAAUGAUGCAAUGUCUAUCAAAUAUUUUCUACCGGGAAAUAAGAGAACCCUCAUCACAAUAUCGAAUGAUAAGGAUCUUAAACGUAUGAUUAAUUUUCAUGGGAAUUCUACGACAGCUGAUGUUUAUGUUGUGCCUGGAGAGGCUGCUGCACAAGGUGGCUCAGUCAUGCCUGCUAGUAGGUCGAGUAGAACUACUACUUCAAAAGCAGUUGUCCCAGUAAUCGAUGUCCCUAUGGAUAAUGUUCUCGAUAUUCCUCCAAUUGUUGAUAUACCUGUUGAUAAACCUGCUGAUGACACGUUGUAUCUUAAGCAUCACAAAGCUGCAAAAAUGUGGGAAAAUACUAUCACUGGUGUUAAUCAACGAUUUAAUAAUGCCCAUGAGUUCCGUGAUGCCCUGCGUAAAUUCUCUAUUGCACAUGGAUUUGCUUAUGUACUGAAGAAGAAUGACAGUCACCGUGUAACUGUUAAAUGCAAAGCAGAAGGUUGUCCGUGGAGGAUACAUGCAUCAAGGUUGUCGACCACUCAGUUGUUUUGUAUUAAAAGAAUGACUCCAACUCAUACGUGCGAAGGUUCUGUUGUGACAAGUGGAUAUCAAGCAACUACGAGUUGGAUCGCUGGUAUCAUAAAGGAGAAGCUGCGAGAAUCUCCAAAUUACAAACCGAAGGAUAUAGCAGAUGACCUGAAACGAGAUUAUGGAAUUGAACUGAAGUAUGCACAGGCAUGGCGUGGCAAAGAGAUUGCAAGAGAGCAACUUCUUGGCUCUUAUGAAGAUGCAUAUAGUCAGUUGCCAUAUUUCUGUGGCAAGAUAAUGGAGACGAAUCCGGGUAGCUUGGCUACGUUUAGCACCAAAGAAGAUUCAAGCUUUCAACGUCUUUUUAUUUCGUUCCAUGCCUCUCUAUAUGGUUUCAAUCAAGCUUGCCGACCACUUCUUUUCCUUGAUAGUACGCCUUUGAACUCUAAGUACCAGGGAACCUUACUGCACGCAACAGCUGCUGAUGGAAACGAUGGCAUUUUCCCAGUUGCUUUCGCUAUAGUAGAUGUUGAAGAUGAUGAUAAUUGGCGGUGGUUCCUAAUUCAGCUGAAAGAAGCAGUUUCCACGUCUCGAGCCAUAACGUUUGUUGCAGACAUAAAAAAGGGAUUAAAGGAAUCUAUACCCGAGGUAUUUGAAAAUGGUCACCACAGCUAUUGUCUACGAUAUCUGACAGAGAACUUUAAGAAAGUAUCUCAUGAAGUGAAGCGUCUUCUAGUUUCAGAAUUUUAUGUUGCAGCUUAUGCAUCCAGUCUCGAGGGGUUUCGUAGAAGUAUCGAUAGUAUCAGAUGCAUUUCUCCUGAAGCUUGCAAUUGGGUUCUGGGUCUUAAACGUGAAAACUGGGCAAACACAUACUUCGAAGGUGCAAGAUAUAACCACAUGCAAUCAAACUUCGCUGAAUCUUUUUACAAUUGGGUAUCAGAGGCUCAUGAGCUACCAAUUACACAGUUGGUUGAUGUGAUACGGGUUAAGAUAAUGGAAUUAAUUUAUACUCGCCGGCAGGAGUCAAGUCAAUGGGUAACAAGGCUAACACCAGUCAUGGAGGAUGCCUUACACAAAGAAAGUAUUAAGGCCCAAUCUCUUGAGGUAUUGUUCGCAUCUGGAAGCAUAUUUGAUGUACGUGGCGAGUCUGUUAAUAAAGUAGAUAUUGGUCACGGGGGCUGCACAUGCAAAGAAUGGCAGAUAAUGGGUUUACCAUGCUCCCAUUCUAUUGCAGUUUUUCAAUGGGUUGAAAGAAACCCAUAUGAGUAUUGCGCCACAUGGUAUACAACAGAAACCUACAGAUCAACGUAUCAGGAGUCGAUAAAUCCAGUGCCCAACAAUGAACGACCUGCAUCAGAGAAAGAUUCAGAUUCAGCUCAGCAAGUAGUUAAAGUAACCCCUCCCCCCACUCGCCGUUUACCAGGCCGACCAAAGAUGAAGCGCGUUGUAACUCAGGAGUUGGCUAAAAGACAACUUCAAUGCAGUAAAUGCAAGUGUCUCGGUCACAACAAGACGACAUGCAAAGAGUCCUUAUAGGGAAUGCUACAUAUUGUAAAGAAUCAAAUGAAAGGAGCAAGCAACUCCCUAAUUCUGUACUGCUAGCAACUCAGCUGAUCAUACAAAGGAGUUAAGAGGAAGUUCUAAUUCUUUCACGGUCUCGGCAGGGAGGUACUUAUGGGUUUUCGGUUGGGUUCUCUGUGUUUUCUUUUAUUAAGUUUUUGAUAGUGUUCUUGUUAGGGAAGAAAUGUCUGUAUAGCAACAUUUUGCUCAAGUGGUGUGUCAUCACAUGAUAUUUAUUGUGGGGGCUUCCUCUCAAGUGUUGGCCGGAAGUCCAUUAAUGAAUAGGGUUUAGAGGCAUAUGUAAUGUGUUAAAAGUAAAUAUCUUGUGAACUUUCCAAUUGAACCGAUGUCCUAAAAAACCUGAGUCAACGUAGGUCGCAACUCAGUGACAGUGAGUAGAUAUCAGCCUUGAACGGAGGCCCCUCCAUUCUUUGAGGUUAUUUGGUAACUAGAGUAUGGCUCUUCCAUUCUCCGAGGUUACUGGCUAACCAGAGAGUAUGGUUUAGAUUACUCCCCAGUGACUAGAGUAUGAUUUAGGUCCCCAACAAACGGGUUGCACUUCUCAGCUGCUACAGUUAAGUAUUUCAUCCAACCCAACUAGGUAAGCAAAACAGAAUUAGUCAAUGUGGGACAAUACUUUACCAUGAAGGUAUAAAUUCACCUAAUCAGUGCAUAAUACAUACUCUGGGUAGGGAUUCUUGAGCCCGAGGCCCCGAACCCAACUACUUUAGUUACUAAUAUGUACUCUGGUUUUGUAUAAAUUAGUGUGUAAAUAAGUAUUCUGUAUUCCACUCUAACAAUUUUUAUUUUCUCCUAACUUGUUGGGGCAAGAGUUGACAUUAAACUAUUAAUGGAUAUUAAUUCGUCA